GUGUGUGUGAACGUGUUGAUAAUGUUAGUGACUUUGCUUACCUUUUUCUUGACAAAAAAGUUCUUUCAUUUGGAGAAAAUUCAGUAAUUUAUUUUUAAUUGUUUACUUACAUUCAUAGUGAGAAAAAAAGAGCGACAGCUCAGUAAAUUGCAUUUAAACGGUGUACAAUGUCGUUCAAAAAAGAUUUACGUUUGAUCGUCAAGCCUUAUUAUUGGAUAAAUAUAUUUUUAAGUUUAACCUACAUCAUAGCAAAGAAAACACCAAUUUUGUGCAAUUAUUUGCAUGCUUAUUUAUUUCCCCAAGAAGAGACUUGCGAAUUCGAUGGGCGUGAGACAGAAAUAUUAUUCUUUCUUAUAAUUGUCGUCAUGAUACGAUCUAGAAAAACAGGAAGUGUCACAAUGAUCAAUUACUUAACAUCUUCUUUCCUGUAUACGAAGAUAGCGAAUCUCAUCUUGUGGUUUUAUUCUGAUGUUAAACUUGGCAUUGCUUUUGGAGUGAUUUUCAUUCUAUGCGCUUUAAUGUUACCCGAACCAACAUAUAGUGGGCCUGAGAACGUUGUUUACUUCAGAACACCUAAUAGUUUGGACGAUGAACUUGAAAGAGACAAGAGAAUCAUUUGGCUUGUAACUUUCUAUACAACUUGGAAUCCGGCUUGUGCUAACUUCGCUCCUAUUUUCGCUCAAGUAUCAAACGAAUAUAAACUCGACAAUUUGAAGUUUGGUAAAGUGGAUAUUGGUAGACUGCCAGAUAUUGGAAACAAAUAUCAUGUUUCUGAUAGCUCUCUAAGUCGUCAACUGCCUUCAGUUAUUUUAUUCAAGAAUGGGAAAGAAAUCGCUCGUCGUCCAUAUGCAGACAGCAAAGGAAAAUUAGUGAAAUUCUUUUUCUCCGAAGACAACAUCAAAGCAGCAUUCGAUUUAAAUAAUAUUUACAAGGAUUGUAAAGAGAAUCCUAUUAAGCCUGCCAAGUCUACUAAAGCAUCAAAAGAUACGAAAACCCCUAAGGUUGAACGUGCUUUCCAAAAGCAGCAAGGAGUCAAUCUUAACCGUAACAUUAAGUUUAUCGGUAAGAAAGAGAAAUCAACACGUCUCCAUCGUAAUAUUGGACUUGGAUUCAAAACUCCAAAAGAGGCAGUUUCAGGCCAUUAUAUUGACAAAAAAUGUCCAUUCACUGGUAUGUGCUCAAUCAGAGGACGAAUCUUAACAGGAGUUGUUCGUAAAAUGAAAAUGCAAAGAACUAUCGUCAUUCGUCGUGAUUACUUGCAUUUUGUUCGCAAGUACAGUCGAUUUGAAAAGAGACAUAGGAACAUGAGCGUACAUUUGUCACCAUGUUUCCGUGAUGUUGAACUCGGCGAUGUUGCCACCGUUGGAGAAUGUCGGCCACUUUCAAAGACAGUUAAAUUCAACGUAUUGAAGGUCAGUAAAGUUGCCGGUGCUAAGAAGAAGUUCCAGAAAUUCUGAGCUGACUUGCUUAAAUUGUCAAAUUCAUUAUGUAUGAACAUCUAAUGCAUAAUCUGAAUAAACAAGAACAUAUUGUAAUUUAAGAACUUCUGGAU